GUCCGGGGUGUUGCACAAAGCAGGGAGAGUAUUUAACCCCCUGCGGAGCCGCCUCAGAUCUCUUCCUAGCUCCGAAAGCUAGCAGCUGAAGAAAUAGCAGGGUGUUUUCCUUACCUUUUCUGCAGGGUAUCGCUUUCAGCUGACUCUGGCAGAGCCAUCAUGACUGAAACAACAGGUUACUCUGGCAGUGGGCUCGUCCUCAUCAAAAACCCGCACCUGGACACGAUGGAGGAGGACAUUCUGUAUCACUUGGACUUGGGAACAAAGACGCACAACCUGCCCGCUAUGUUUGGGGACAUAAAGUUUGUCUGCGUUGGCGGCAGCCCGAACAGGAUGAAGGCGUUUGCCCAGUUCAUGCACAAGGAGCUGGGGCUCGAGGGCAGUGGGGAGGACCCGGCUGACAUCUGCGCAGGGACAGACCGCUACGCCAUGUACCGCACGGGGCCAGUGCUCUCCAUCAGCCAUGGGAUGGGCAUCCCUUCCAUUUCCAUUAUGCUACAUGAACUGAUCAAACUACUGCACCACGCAAAAUGCCGAGACGUUACUAUUAUACGCAUCGGUACUUCUGGAGGCUUAGGGAUCGAGGCCGGCUCCGUUGUGAUCACGGACACAGCUGUGGACGCCUCCUUCCAGCCGCGGUUCGAGCAGGUGGUGCUGGGCGACGUGGUGGUGCGGAGCACGGACCUCGACAGGGACCUCGCGGAGGAGCUCCUCGCCUGCAGCAAGGAGAUUCCCGACUUCCCCACGCUCAUUGGGCACACCAUGUGCACCUACGAUUUCUAUGAAGGUCAGGGGAGACUAGAUGGAGCGUUGUGCUCUUUCUCCAGUGAAAAAAAGUUGGAAUACUUAAAAAGAGCUCAUGAGGCUGGCGUGAGAAACAUCGAAAUGGAGUCCACGGCGUUCGCUGCCAUGUGCAGGCUGUGCGGUUUGAAAGCUGCUGUUGUCUGCGUGGCACUCCUGGACCGCCUGGAGGGGGACCAGAUCCGGGCACCCCACCAGGUGCUGUGGGAGUACCAGCAGCGGCCUCAGCGCCUGAUCGCCGCCUUCAUCCAGAGACGCCUGGGGCUGCGCCCACCCGCGGGAAGCGUGCUCCCCUCCAGCGACUGAGGGCACCACCGACCGGCACGGCCCGUGAGCGACGGCUGGGCCCCCAUGCCGCCAGUGGCCAUAGCACACGGUGGGGGCACACAGGACUGAGCCCUGGCACACACCACAUGUGAGCAGACAUUUUCUGGGAAGCCAAAAGGAGGCACUUGGUCACAACGCACUCCCCCAGGGCUGAGCAGGCGCUGCUGCCCGUGAGCGGGGCGGCUGGGUUUCACAGACACCGCAGUGCCGGAGCUGUGGGGCUGUGGGCCUCAAAUGGUUUGAACUGCACCAAUAUCAUCGAGCACCCAAGGAGAGCAGAAGCUGAAUUUCACUCAGGAGAUGAGUGUGUCACCAAGCUGGCUCCUGCUCAAGGACCACGAAGGGCUAUUCUGCAGGGGUGGCUCCUGCCCACCCUGCCCCUGGGCAGAGGAUGGCUUUGCUUUGGGCACAUUGCCGAAAGCUGUGUAAAUGGCAUAGCAAAAUUAAUUUGCACUUGUGAACAUUGCUGUUACACACUGCUGUUACAAUGGGCCUUCAGACUCACUUUCAUGCAGUACGGAACAGUGCUUGAACCUCGUGUGGCCCCAGAGCCCGGCAGGGCAGGGAGCACACACCAAAAUCUGCACCAACCUGGUGUCACCAGCUGCAGCCACGGGUCCUCCACACCCUCUGGAAACCAGCACACACAGAGGACACAGACAAUGAUCUCUAAGCAUCACCAUGAGCUGUAAAAGACCAAAUUGCUCCUGGGCAGUGGGUGGAAGGGCUUUCACAGGGGUGCGUGAACAGCCUGACCAACUUCCUACUGAAAUUGCUUCCAGUUUUGAAGGCUCGCUUACAAGGUUGCUUGCAAAUUAACUUUGACAGCUUUAGAACUGUAAGAUUUAAGAGUUCUGAUAAAUAAAUUUUUUACAUAUUGA